ACUGGAAAACGCUAUCGGCAGUGGUGAGGAAGAUGAAGGCGCCCGAGAUGGGCCAGCUGGUUGCCAGGCUUGAGGAGAUUACACACAGCCACGAUGUUGCCGAUUUGCAGCGCUCAGGUCUGUCUGACGGCAGGUCCAUCUGCGAGCUGCUGCUGCGUAUCAGGGAGUUGCUGGAGGAUCCAGAAAACAGCGAUGCUGAUGGACGAUUCCGCGCAGAUUGGUGCUGAUUCACCACAAAUAGCACAAAAGCGUAUCCGCACACGGCACGACAUGGAGAACCGGCCGUUCCUGCUGUUCGACAACACGUCCAGCGACAGCAUGCUGCGGGCGCUGGACAAGUGCUGUCAGAUCCUCGAGCAGCUCCUCCAGUUCUGCCUUACCUCGUACCGCGACGUGCCGCUGCACGAAGUCUUCUACUACAGACACUCGUUGCUGCUUGACACAACGUUCAGCGCGCAGCCGCGUGCGGCAGUGCAGGCAGCAUUGGGGAAGACCGUGUACUACAUCAACUGCGAGUGCUGCGACGAGGGCGAAGACGAGGAUGAUGCGGAGCAGCGGAUCUUGCCGUCGAUGCAGGACACCAGCAUUGCGUACCGGCUGCACCGCGAAUGCGGACGCAUGAUCAACAUGUACGACUGGUACACGGCAUUUGCGUCGGUCGUCGAGAAGGAAGGCGACGCGGCAAUGGGCGAGGAGGGGUCUGAGGGCCAGAGCGAGAUCCAGGCGCGGUUCAUGCGGGCAGUCGAGGAGAUGCGGUUCCUCGGGUUCAUCAAGUCGACGCAGCGCAAGACCGACCAUGUCAUCCGGCUGACAUGGGGAAUGUAGAUGUGCUCUUUUUUUUCUGUCGGUAGCUUUUUUGUUCAUGAUGUACGGAAAAGA